AUGACAAAAUUUUAUCCCUCAGCUCAAUUUGUUGCGACUGCCCCAGUUGUUGCCAAAGUGGCCACCACCUACUCUACUGCCCCUGUUGCCACAACCUAUGCUUCUGCCCCUGCUAUUACCAGAGUCUACCAGAAUGCCCCAGCCCUGACACGAAUCUACCAGUCUGCUCCUGUUGUAGCUGCUGCUCCACCCUUUGCCAAGGUUUCUUCCACAUAUACAGCUAGCCCUGCCAUCACGCGUGUAUUCCAGUCCAACCCAGUUGUAUCAGCAUCACCAGCUGUAACAACAUACACUGCUCCCGCCAUAUCCAAGGUGGCUGCGACCUAUGCCUCUGCUCCAGCUGUCACUAAAGUAUACCAGACCUCGCCAGCUUUGACUAAACUGUAUCACUCGGCUCCAGUUCAUUCCACUGCCCCGGCUGUUUCCAACGUAGCCACCACGUAUUCAACUGCCCCAGCAGUUACCCGUCUUUACCAGCCCACUCCAAUUGUGGGAGCUGCACCAGCUGUCACCACAUACAGUGCUCCAGCAGUCGCAAAAGUGGCCGCCGCUUAUGCGUCUGCACCAGUUAUUACUAGAGUCUACCAAAGUUCACCGGCUCUCAGCAGUGUGGCUGCGGCCCCAGUUACCUCCGUUGUACCUGCACCGGCUGUCACUACAACCUACCACGUGACUCCAAGUGUCGCCACGGUCGCCGCUGCCCCAGUUGCCCAUGUGGCGGCUGCUCCUGCUAUCACUGCAACCUACCAGGCUGCUCAACCUGUAGCCACUUUCGGUGCUGGCCAAGUUACCUCAGUGGCCAAUGCUCCGGCUGUCACUAUAAGCACAUAUCACACUUCUCCACGUGUUGCCACAGUAGCUGCUGCUCCAGGUCUUUCUACAACCACUUACUCCGGUACACCUGCCGUAGCCACUGCAGCUUGUGCACCAGCCUUCGCCAGUUAUGAGGGUUCCCCGGAGGUUUCCAAAACCACUAUUCACCACACCCCAGCCGUGGCCACUGUCUCGAUGAGCCCUGCCUACGGAUAUGGCGCUGGUACUCUUGGCUACGGUGUUGGCCACUAUGACUUCGGCCAUGGUCUUGGUGCCUAUGGUCUUAACUACGGCUACGGCCUUGGCACGCCUAUUGACCACACUGCUCUUCUCCGCAAAAAGAAGUGUAAGUACCGUUGA